AUGAAUGCAGUUACAUUCAGUCAACAGAAACAAUUACCAGCGUAUAAUCGUCUUUUAUUAAAGCAUUGUGUUCAUCUAUUAUCGCAUAAUGAAAGAUUAUUAGCUUUCAAAGGUUUUCGUCAACAGUUGAAUUCUGAUGAUAACAAAUUUGUCAUUGUUACACGUACACCAAAAGAAAUCUUACCAUUGGAUAAGAGUACAAAUGAGAUACGUAUGUCAAUAUUACCUUCUAUUGAUAAUUAUGUGCAAGAAUUAGAAAUGAGUGGGUUCAAAAAUAUUUAG